AGAUGAAGCCCUGGGAUGUCGGUCCAUUCCGGAAAUGACUGGCCUUUUUCCCCUGUGGGCGCGGGCGAGAUCGGCUAUGGCGACAGUGACAUGGGCGAGCAUGUGAUCAUAGAGGACGAGCGCCGGCCGGUUCCAGUUUCCACCGCCUCCGUGAUACAAGUGGAGAAGCAACUGGUGGGCAUCAUGGCGUCGAUGCAGGUCACCCGGCAAGAGGUUCUGCGGGGCGCGCCGGCAGGGCGGGUGCUGCGGAGUGCGUGGGCCGUUUUGACUGAGCGUGUGGAUGACCACAAGGCCUUCGAGGUCAGCAAACCGGUGGAGCACAUCACGGAGUUCUGGUCCCACUCCUGGCAUGGCAGCGCCUGGCGCAAGGUGCUGACGCUGCUGGUGGUGAAGAACGGAUUUGCGGCACUGGUGACGAGCCUCUUCUCCUCUUUGCUCUUCGCCUUACUUUUCGGCUUCGGCAUAUUGCCGGCCUACAGUUUCGGCGAGGAGACAGAGGAGGACUUCCGCUCUGUGUGGGCCCUGUCAGCGGGGUGUGUGGCCAGCUGCCUCACCCUGCUGCUUUGGCGCCCCCAGACCUGCGUUUUCCUGGACCGUGUUUGCAUCGAUCAGCGCAGCCCUAAGGCUAAAGCCGAGGGCACGCUGAAUGUCGGCGCGUUUUUGAAGAACUCGGACGCGAUGUUGGCCCUUUGGGACUCCUCCUACGCUCAAAGGCUCUGGUGCGUCUUCGAGCUGGCAGCGUACCUCAAGAGCCAUGAGCGGCAGGGGGAGCGGCUGGUGCUCCGACCCACCUUCAUUGGCCCCUGCUGCGUGGCGAUGAGUCUCUGCAUGGUGGGCUUCAUGGCGGUGCUGGCAACUGUGCCCUUCGACGAUCAGAUUGUCGGAAGUGUCAUCCUGACUGCGCUGGGCACCGUCGGCUUCUACUUCGCAGGCGGACAAUUUCGGAACUUCUACCAGGAAGUGGGCACCAUGAAGGCGCAGAUGAAUGAGUUCCGGAUCCACAAGGCCAAGAGCUGGUGCUGCUGUUCUAGCCAUGUGGAUGCCAACGGCAAAGCGAUGCUGUGUGACCGAGUCAUCGUCACGGAGUGUAUUGUCGCCUGGUUCGGCUCAGAGAAGCAGUUCGAGGAGGCCGUGCAAUCUAAGGUGAUGAACUUGGUGGCGCAGCGGCUCGAGGGCAGGAGGGCCUUCCCCUACCUCUGGCUGGUUGGUGCUUUCGCGCCCAUCGCCUGGGGGAUAAUGGACGGCGUGGCCAGCCAGGCUCGCGCUGGAAAUGUCGAGCAGGCCGUGUUCUUUACCGUCAACGGAGUCCUGUGGUGGCUGUGCAACAUGCCCUGCUUGUUUGCCUUCUGGAUGACCUUGAUUCAGAGAUGCCACCAGAAAUGCGAUGCGAAGUGGAAGGAGGUACUCUUGAAUCUGGUGAUCAUGUGGGCAAUGUCGAUACUCUUUGUGGCCACCUUCGGCCUGACCAGAGGUUUGUCCGCUUUGGUGGGGGACAGGCUUCUGGGGCAGUGCAUCUCUCUGGGGCUGAUGGCCAUCGUGACGGCGCUCACCUUCUGCAGCUGCAGGAAGCAGCCCGCCGCCGCGUCGCCACACCACACGCCGCACCACAUUAUCCCAAGCAAGAUCGUCCCCAGCGAUUUUUGAGCGAAGCCCGGGGACCGGUGUGAACCAUUGCGGAACCUGCCAGGGUCCGAAGCCCGGGAUUGGAUCAAGAAGCUUGGUUUGCGACCUCAAGACUCC